AUGUCGCUUCAAACUGUUAUCAUUCAGAACCAGCAAACGGUUGCUUUCCUCGGCGCUAAAGACUACUGCAGUGCAGUUGUGUCAUCUUCGUCUGCAUUAGAGAGCCUUGGUAGCAUCUCAUCAACACAACAAGACAACAUCCUUCUUCCAGCAAGAAGAAGAAUCUCCUCCUCACAUGAAGAAAGCUCAAUCGAUCAGUGCAUGCUUCAGACUAACAUUUGGGAAGACGAUCGUGCAUUUGUCCCUGACAACUUUAUGUACACCCAUCCCAUUCCAUUGCCUCCAAACGUCGCUGAGCAUGACAUGAUAACAUCCGUUCUCAUUUUCAAUGCAGCGCUUGCUCACCACUUAAUGGCAGGACUAGACAACGAAUGGUCACCUAGAUUCCUUCAUAGGGCAAAGCAAUUGUAUACAUUGGCAUACAACUCGUCAAAAGAUAUCGAGCAGAAUCCUUUGUUUCUCUUUGCGUUAUAUAACAAUACUGCAUUGGUCAAUCUGGUGCAGACUGGCGACAAGGACUCUUGGAACCCCUGCGUUGAGCAUUUGGUUUACAUCUACAUGGUCAUGGUGGAUGAAGGUGACACUUCGCGACUACACCACCUCCGCGGUUUUCUCGAGAGCCUCGUAGCUAGCAUGCCCACUGCGGCCGCGGCUUGA